AGCAUUAACUGUACGUCUCCAGGUUGAGGAUCGAGAUCCGGCUGCCCAUUCUGCCAACGGAAAAGCUAAGUCUUUACAGCACAAAUUAGAGGAAGCAAUUUCUGAACAACAGAACCUCCAGAUUAUAAAUACUGAGUUAUUGAACACUUGCCAGACACUUGAAAAGAAGACAAGAAAACUGAAAACGACUAUUGAGUCACUGCAAAAGAAGUUAAUUAAAGGGCGACCCCAUGGCUUGCUGUUUCAGAGCUGUUUAGGUGGAGAGUUUCCUCAGUCUGAGCCCUUGUCCUACACAGAUAUAAUUCAACAACCUCUUCAAGAACAACUGAAGCAGCAUUACUACAAACUAUAUAGUGGUCAAGAAUCAAGAGGACAACUGACCCCCCUGACCUUGAAACGUACAUGCUGGCACACAGAUCCCUUUUAUCUGGACAGCCUUACAGGGAUUCCAAGACUGGGAUUGACAACUUUCUCAUGUGUAGCCAACGAAAUCCAUGCUUCAACUGAAAGGCCAAUAAAGGAUCAUACUUUGAAUGUGGCAAGAGGACACAAGUGCCCAGGCCCCAGUGGCGGCCCUCACCCACAAACAGACCUUUCAAGUUGUAUCAGGAUGAGCAAUGACCUAAGUAUGGAAGAGAAUGGUGUUGAAAGCUUACAUUCUGAGAGCCUGCCACAGUCCAGGGAAUAUUCCACACUACCACCACCUGGACACACUUCAUCCGUGGAGAGUACUGUAACUUCAAGUGGCACAAGUCCACCUCAUGAGACUAUUCCACUCCAAGACUCUAUGAGUGAGGACAAAGCCAUAUUAAAAAUGGAAGCCAAAGAGGAACCAGAAACAAUAGGAGAGCAUAGAAAAGAAUGUGGUACAGGAGACACUGCUGUUUCCCCUCUUCCUGUAACUGCUGUGAAAUCGGUUAACUUUAGGCAAAGUGAUAACAUUUCUGCUAAUGAUAAGGAGGUGGAGGCGGAAUUUCUCCGACUGUCUUUGGGAUUUAAGUGUGACUGGUUUACCUUGGAGAAAAGAGUGAAGCUUGAAGAGAGGUCCCGUAACCUGGCAGAAGAAAACCUGAAGAAGGAGAUCACUAAUUGUUUAAAGCUAUUAGAGUGUUUAACACCUCUGUGUGAAGAUGACAACCAGGCCCAGGAAAUUAUUAAGAAGCUGGAGAAGAGUAUAACAUUCCUUAGCCAGUGCACAGCUCGAGUGGCCAGUAGGGCUGAGAUGUUGGGUGCUAUUAAUCAGGAAAACCGGGUUAGUAAAGCAGUGGAAGUAAUGAUUCAGCAUGUAGAAAACUUGAAGAGAAUGUAUGCCAAAGAGCAUGCUGAAUUAGAAGAACUGAAACAGGUUCUUUUGCAGAAUGAAAGGUCUUUUAACCCUCUUGAAGAUGAAGAUGACUGCCAAAUUAAAAAACGUUCAUCUUCUCUAAACUCCAAGCCACCUUCUCUUCGAAGAGUGAGUAUUGCCUCUUUGCCUAGAAAUACUGGAAAUGCAGGAACGGUGGCUGGGUUGGAAAGUAAUGACCGAUUCAGUAGGAGGUCAAGCAGUUGGCGUAUCUUGGGGUCAAAGCAGAGUGAACACCGUCCCUCAUUACAUCGAUUUAUUAGCACCUAUUCAUGGGCAGGUGCUGAAGAUGAAAAAUGUGAUUUAAAAAGUAAAGAUGACUCAGAACCACCUGGAGAAGAAACAGUAGAAAGGACAAGGAAGCCAAGUGUUUCUGAAAAGAGAAAUAAUCCAUCAAAAUGGGAUAUUUCUUCAGUUUAUGACACAGUAUCUUCCUGGGCAACAAAUCUCAAGACUUCCAUCAGAAAAGCUAAUAAGCCACUCUGGAUUUCUGUUGCAUUCAUUGUACUCUUUGCAGCUUUGAUGAGUUUCCUUACAGGCCGAUUUUUCCAAAAGGCUGUGGAUGCAGCUCCCACACAGAAUGGGGACUCCUGGAUGUCUCUAGAACAUGCCCUGUGGCCAUUUACCAGACUUCAACACAAUGGACCACCGCCCGUGUGACUGUAGCACAUCCUAGUAAAGUUUCAGAAUCUGAACUUCGUAGUUAUUUUUAGCAGGGAACCAGAGGUUCUCAGCCUGACUAAGAUAUUUUACAUACCCUUCUUUUUGCAAUUACCUCCCCAACUGAAAUUCAAUGGGGAAGAAGCCUGCCCAUAAUCUUUUUAAUGAGCUUUUCAAGGAAGAAAUAUUAUAUAUUGUUUUGUUUGUUAAAUGUUAUUGAAAUAAAAUACCAUUCAAAUCUUCAUAAAGUGAAAA